AUGAUCGGAAAACCUCCGAUUCGAACCAGUCGUAACUGUCGGCGGUUCUCGAGCUUUACAGUCGGGAUUUUGGGUGGGUCAGGUCCGGGACUUCACUACGAGUUGAACGGGACCGGUCUCGAGGGCUGGGGUGGCCGGAUGUGGUGGCGGCGUGGAUUUUUCUGUUCGGGUGAACAGUGA